CGUAAACGGCCGCCUCCAUGGCUACUUUCCCGGUUACCACCACCUCUCCCCAUCCUCACCAGAGCACUCCACCGCCCAAAGCCGGCCAUCUCCGCCUGCCAACUGCCGAUGCUGCCCUCGCCACCCUCUCCAACUUUCUCUCCUCCGGCCGCCUCACGACCUCCUCCCCUUCCGUCCUCCCCCGCACCCUCCGCGCCGCCGCCGACCUCCGCCUCCCGCGGCUCGGCCUGCAGCUCCACGCCUUCCUCGUUAAGACCCGCCUCCUUGCCGACCCCUUCUCGGCCUCCGCACUCCUCCACCUCUACUCCACCCUCGGCCCGCUGCACCGCACCCGCCUCCUCUUCGACAGGAUCCCCAAGUCCACCUGCCCUGUCCCCUGGAACACCAUGAUCCUACGGUACGCGCAGGACGGAUUCUUGGAUGAGGCGUUCGAGCUGAUGGUGGCAAUGGAGGAAUCCGGCAUCCCCAUUGGUGCGUCCACCUGGAACGCCGUCAUCGCUGGGUGCGUCCGUGCCGGGAACGGAGAGCUCGCCAUCGAGCUGCUAGGCAAAAUGGUUUCGAUUGGGGGAGUUGUGCCUAAUGUGGCCACGUUUAACACCGUCCUCCAUGUGAUUUCGGUGUUGCGCGGGGUGGACGUGCUCCGAGAGCUGCACGCAUUUGUGCUGCGCAACGCUGAGGUUGUGGGGCUUGGGCCUGUGGAUUUGGAUCGACUCCAGGAAUCCCUGGCCGCAGGAUACAUGUGCAGCUCCUUUGUUCAGUACGCAGGCCGUGUGUUUCGUGAUGUCAGGAUAACUACCUGCUUCCUGGGCAACCUGAUGAUAUCGGGAUUUCUUGAUACGGGGCAGAGGAAUCAAGCCUUAGGUGUUUUCCGAGAAAUGGCAUUUGGCUGUGGUUAUGAAGCUCGGCAUCUGCCAUCGGUUUCGCUUACGCUGGUCCUCCCUGAGGUCAAUCUGGCAACAAAGAGAGGCUUAGAGAUCCAUGCUUAUGCGUAUCGCCAUGGUUUUGAGUGUGACACCUCGGUCUGCAAUGCCUUGAUGGCAAUGUAUGCAAAAAGGGACAAGAUAUGCCUGGCAUACAAGAUUUUCCAAGGAUUGGAUAAUAAGGAUGUUGUGUCGUGGAAUACUAUGAUUUCAAGUUAUGCCGCAGUCCAUGAUUUUGAUCUUUCAUUUGAGCUGUUCCGUGAAAUGCAACGUAAUGAUACCAGGCCAGAUGACUAUACAUUUACAUCAGUGCUUAAUGCCUGCAGCUUCACCUGCAAUCAUAGGACAGUAAUGGCAUUGCAUGGGCAAAUGAUAAGAAUGGGCCUUUGUCAUUCCUAUGUUGAUGAUAUGAAUUCUCUCAUGGAUGCUUAUGGAAAGUGUGGUUUCAUUGAUGAAGCUCAAAAUAUAUUUGAUGAGACUGAUAGGAAGGAUACAAUUUCGUGGAAUAUCAUCAUUUCGUGCUAUGGCUACAGUGGUUUUCCUCAACAAGCAAUCAGGCUUUUCCAUCAGAUGCAAGAUCAAGGCUACAAACCUACUAGAGUCACUUUUAUUUCUGUGCUGGCGGCGUGCAGCCAUGCAGGCUUAGUAGACGAAGCACUGCAUUAUUUUGAGGGAAUGCGCAGAGACUACAAUAUUACCGCUGAUGAGGCUCACUAUGCCUGCAUCAUUGACUGUUUUGGCAGAGCAGGUCAGCUCAAACAGGCUUAUGAAUUCAUCAGAGGAAUGCCGGUAGUUCCAAAUGCUUGUGUGUGGGGUGCCUUACUUAGCAGUUGCAGGAUACACGGAAAUAUAGGCCUAGCAGAAAUUGCUGCGAAGAAGCUCAUUGAGCUGGACCCUCAGCAUUCUGGAUACUGGAUGUUGCUAAAAGACAUCUACGCAAAAUCCAUGAGAUGGAAUGAUGUUUCACAACUUCGAACUGCUAUGAGAGAUAAGGGCAUUAAGAAGUGCCCAGGUUAUAGUUGGAUUGAGGUUGGAGAUAGUGAGGUCCACAGAUUCCUUACUGCUGACAAGCUUCACACACAAAGCCACCAGAUAUACCGAGUACUAGGUGGGUUAACUCAGCAGUUGAUGGAUGAAGGAUAUGAACCUAAAAUAGAUGUCGAUUUGACAUAUACUGACUGAGGGAUGUACUAGAUUUCCACACCUUGUCUUAAAAAUCUAGCCAUCUAGCUGACAUCUCAACACCAUGUCUAUUGCAAGCAGGCACGCGAAUCUUAUUGAAUGACAAGGUUGCACAAGCUAAAAGUUUAGCUGCUGCCCAGAUUAGAAGGGCUAAGGUGUAGGAGCCAAUAGAGGUAUGUUGUUGGGCUCAUCAGAUGUCUAAGUUGAUGCCACAUCACGAAAAGAUCAUCAGACUCAGCAUUGUGUAAAAAGAAUAUACAGAUUUCACGGCCUAAUUUCAAUAUUCUUUUGUGAGAAAUCCUGAUUCAAAUGUUACACCAUCACUCAUACCAAAAUGAGAUUGUGAAAACAGAAAAGCAGCAGCUGACUUCUAAACUGCUUUGACAGGAGUCCUUGUUGGAAAAUACAGAAGGCAAAGCAGCAGCCGACUGUUAGCUUUGAACAAGUUUGUUUCUUGCUGGUAGUUUGCUAUAACAAAUAGUAGGGACGUGAAAUAGGCAGGACAAGAAAAAAAAAAGAAAAAAAAGAAGACAAGAAUGACUCGAAGUGUACAACACGCUUUUCCAAAGUCAAUAUAUAAGCUUUGAUCUGUAGAUUA